AUGCGGAGCCCCAAAGCUCAGUGUCUCACCUGGCUGAUCUCAGAAACUGGAGGCCUAUGUCUGACAUUAUUCCAGUUAGCAGACUCCGAUCCGAAAUGUGAACCUGAUGAACUAUGUGUUAAUUACAAUGAGGAGAGCCUCAGUGCCUGGUAUGUCUGGUUACUGAUCUUGUUCUUUCUGGCCAUGAUCCUGUCCUGUGGGAUUCUCUUCUGCCUGCAGUGCUGGCUGAAACGACGGAGCAGCUUCCCCUCCCGGCGCAGGCUCGCCGUCUUUGCACUCAGUGACUCCGAUUCUCUUGGUGUAAGUGAAGCUUCUCCAUAUGCCUUUUCCGGAGUGCACGCCCACUCUCCAAACUCAGAGCUGUGCCCUUCUCCCGUCCUGCGCGUCGGCACCAGGGGGACUGGAUCGCCUCCUUCCUACGAGGAUAUUAUGAAGGCAGGCAAAUACUAG